AUUUUCGUUCCCAGGAGAAAUCUGUUUGGUUGGCGAGAAAUUGCCCGUCUUUUCGUUUUCUCCGACAAGGAGUUGUGUUCCAUCUGUAUUUGAUUGGAUUUCCCCGUGUCAUUAUUUGAACUUUAUGGGUAAUUCACAGCGACGGCUUCAACAGAACAAGCUGUUAAUGUUCCAUCUGUAUAGGAAAUUGCAUCCGGACCUAACCUAGUGACUAUUGCAAUCCAUCAUUUCGGUAAUAAAAUUUGGAUUAGGUUAUGUAUAUUCUGUCUAAUCUCCGGUUAUCAGUGUCCGUAUUUGCAGGAGGAUUCUGUCGGCGAGAAUGAGCACGAAGCCUGUGGAACCAAAAUCUCCCAACUUUAUAUCUGUAGAAGGGGCUGAUAUUCAUGCCCGAAGUAAACCUGAUGGCAUCAGAUUCCGCCUUGUCUCUUAUAACAUAUUAGCUCAGGUUUAUGUGAAAAGCUCCUUCUUCCCUCACUCUCCAUCAGCUUGUCUCAAGUGGAAAGCUCGUUCACAGGCCAUUCUCACCGUUCUCAGAAAUCUUAAAGCCGAUUUCCUGUGCCUUCAGGAAGUAGAUGAAUAUGAUAGCUUUUACAAAAGAAACAUGGAGUCGCAGGGCUAUUCUGGCAUUUAUAUUCAGAGGAGUGGGAAUAAACGUGACGGUUGUGCAAUCUUUUACAAGGAUAGCUGCGCAGAAUUGGUUACCGAAGAACGGAUAGAAUAUAACGAUCUUGUGGAUUCAAUAAAAGAGGAAAGCAUUCCUACCAGUUGGCAGAAGAAAAAUGAGACAGCCGGUGAAACAAUAGACACUGAGAAAGAGAAGAACGGUACUCUGUCUUUUCAGGGAAAAUCAUUCCCUUGUAAGCUUCAAGACCGUGGUGACCCUAACGAUCCGAGAGUGAGACUGAAACGCGACUGUGUUGGGCUAAUGGCUGCAUUCAGGAUCAAAGAACCGUUUCAUCAUAUCGUUAUCGUGGCAAACACACAUCUUUACUGGGAUCCAGAAUGGGCUGAUGUCAAGCUAGCUCAGGCCAGUUAUCUCUUAUCUCGGUUAGCUCGGUUCAAGGAAAUGGUAUCGGAUAAAUAUGAAUGCACUCCGUCAUUGCUACUGGCUGGCGACUUUAAUUCAACGCCCGGGGAUAAGGUUUACCAGUACCUUGUCUCGGGCAAUGUCUCUGCAAUGGAGCCGGUAAAUUCUGAGGAAGAAGAAGAAGAAGCUCCGAUUCCUCUGUGCAGUAUGAAUGCAGUGACAAGAGGAGAACCUCCAUUCACAAACUGCACACCUGACUUCACAGACACACUUGAUUACAUCUUCUUCACGCCUUCCGAUUUCAUCAAGCCUGUAAGUAUUCUCGAGCUACCCGAGCCCGAAUCCCCCGAUAUCCUCGGUUUCUUACCGAAUUUCCAUCACCCAAGCGAUCAUUUACCCAUCGGGGCCGAGUUCGAGAUUACCCGAGAAUAGAGGAAGUGGCAGUGAAUGAGUUGUGGAGAGAAUGUGAUGGUAAGGAAAAACGGUAAAGACAGAGGAAACCAGCCUCAGAUUUGUCCGAACAAUACAUAUUCGUUCAUGUCUUUUUGGUGUUUCUUUCUAUAGACUAGUUUUUGUUUCAUCUUAGUGAGAGUAUACGAAUAUUCAGUUAUUGAAUAAGAAGAUAUUAUUUCAUGCUUUUUUUUUA